CAACUCCCUCCCCUUCUCCUUCUCCUUCUCCAUUUCCUUCAACCUCAUGGGAAAUUUCGUAGUUACGUUUUUCCUCUUUUAUUUAGCUUUUUCAUCUGUACAAGCUAAAUUCCAAGAGGUCGAGCGACCUAAACCUAAACCUAAGUAUCAAUAUGAAUACUUUCAAAUGGUACAGCAAUGGCCGCAGUCCAUUUGUAAUAGUGAGCAUUGUAUAGGUAAGCCUAAAGCUAUGUUCACCAUUCAUGGGCUCUGGCCUCAAAAUUACUCUACUUCACUUAUUUGCGACGGGUCUCCGUUCGCCGACGAAUAUAUCAAAUCAAUUAGAGAGCAGCUAAAUCUAUAUUGGCCAACCCUAUUGUUUAAAGAUAACAAAUCAUUUUGGAAUCAUGAAUGGAUGAUUCACGGUGAGUGUUCAGACCCACCCUUUAACCCAUUUCAGUAUUUUCAGAAAACUCUGAAAAUCCGAAAAACCUACGAUUUAUUAGCCAUCCUCAAUGCUGCGGGACUUGGACCAACUACUGCUGCCCUUCGUAACCGUGAUGACAUAGAAAAAGCAAUUGGAGCUGCAAUAGGACAAAAGCCAGUUCUAAAAUGCAACACUAACACCAGGACAAGAGACCGCCAACUAUCGGAAGUUGUUUUAUGCCUUGAUGAAGAUGGUGUGAAGUUAAUUGAUUGUGCUAAAUUUGUUAGCACCAAUUGCCCUCUUACUUUUUCAUGGCCCCCUUUUGUUGCUAGUGAGUAACUGGUUCAGAAGUCAUCCGCUCCCAAAUAAAUGGUCUAUCCGUUUUUAUUUUUAUUGUCUUUGUGCUUAAUAAUGUCAUUAUUGUGUGCUUUUUACUUUCAAGGUGUCUGUAUUUUCUCUUUCUUCAUGUUCUAAUAAAAUAAAGUGUUGUUAGUGUGUUAUUUUU